AUGCCUAUUGUCUCUGCCCGUAGGCAACGGGUUCAUCAGAUGACUGCGGAUACACGUGAUUUGGCUGAGGACGUUGCUGACAUGGCUGACGAUGUCCCUGAUCUAGCUAAGGAGGCACCUGAGAUGCGUGCGAACAUAGAUGGUGCUGAUGGUGCUGAGGGGUCAGAUGCUGAUGAUGCUGAGGGAUUCCCUGGUGGGCCACGUGACCCGUCAGUGCUGACAUCAUUUGCAGACCAUGUUGCACACGCUGUUUGGAGUGGACAGACCAGCACCUUCCACCUUUCGGUAGGAGAGUUGACGAUCACUUUGGAUGAUGUGUCGUCACUCCUUCAUUUGCCUAUCACUGGCGCUUUGCACAAUUUUCAUGCUCUUUCUACGGAGGAGGCGAGAUUUUUGCUGACAGAGUUGCUUGAGGUGUUUGCCGAGGAGGCUAGAGCCGAGACAGCACUGACACGUGGGGCAUAUGUACGACUAGGAUGGGUUCGAGACAUUUAUGAGAUGAGAUGUCAGGCCCAGUGGUGGAUUGUAGCAGCUCGUGCUUAUCUGCUGCACCUGAGUGGUGGUUAUGCUUGGGGAGUUGCCGGGCUGGUUCAUAUGUAUGACCAGUUAGAUGAGGCUUCUAGGACCACCACAUGA